AGCUAAAUUGAAUCAAUUCGUGAAAAGUACGUCCACAUGAAAGGUGAACGAUCAGUUGAUUCAGAAUCGUGAUCAUUUCCGUUUUAUUGGAAAGGUCGACCAUCCCCAUCGACAGAUCAAGUACUUGUAACACGUGUCAUGGUCUAUUUUUGUGUAAUAUUUAUCAGAAUAUAUCAUUCAAGACACUAUUUUUGAUAACAAGUUAAUUCGGGACUCGCUCCCUGUGAACUUAUCGCUCGUAGAGUAACGGAAUCUAUUCGAUUUCUAAAAUUAGUUAUUGACAACGUUGAAAUGAAUUCGAACUUCAGAAUCGAAGACAAUAUACUGAAGGGAAGAGAGUUCUCCGAUCCAGUGAUAAAUGGCUAUACCAGCAUUGGAAAAUUCAUACUGGAUAGACUGGAAGGUACACCAGAUUUGGUGGGUGAGAUCGAUAUCGCUACCGAUGAAAAAUACACCUACGGAAUUAUGCGGGAUAAAAGCGUGCGAUGCGCCUUGUGGAUGAAGUCGCAAGGUUUAGUCCCUGGCGAUGUCAUCGCGAUCUGCUCUCACAAUACGCUAGACAAUGCCAUGCCUGGCUUGGGAGCCUUGUAUAUCGGUGUAGCCUUUUAUUCCUGGGACACGGAAUCGACUACAAAGAAUUUCCAACAUUACAUGGAGACCACGAAACCCAAGAUAGCAUUCGUUCGCAAAGAGACAGCUUUCGCUGUAGCUGAAGCGGCAAAGCAGAUAAAACAUGACAUAAAGAUAAUCACGUUCUCUCAAGUCCCUGGAUUCUUAGACUACGAGAGUCUGAUCAGUAACGCGAAUGAGGAUGAGGUCGAGAAAUUUGCGUGCACUCCGAUUGGAAAACGGGAGAUCGCCGUUAUUUCGUCUACAUCUGGGAGCACAGGGCCACCGAAGAGUGUUGCUUUAAGUCACGGGGCUUUGCUUGAGCAGAUGUAUCAAUCAUAUGCAAUGGGCAUGACGUAUAAAACCUGUCUUAUAUUUUCAUCUCUAUCAUGGCUGACCGGAAUUGUGAACUUGUUCGCGAUGAUAUACCACAAUAGUCCCCGGUUGAUAUCGCCACCUUUUGACGAAGAGUCUAUAUCCACGAUUGUAAAUAAAUACAAGGUCAAUUGGAUAUUUCUAACUCCUAGCAUGAUCAAUAGAUUACUCAGAUCCGACAUUCCGUGGAGUAGCAAUUUUUCCUCCGUUAAACGUGUAUCCACAGGUGGCUCAGCCCUGAGUGUUACGUCCUACCAAGACUUUGUCAAAGUUCUACCCAACAUCGUUCUCACCAUGGGCUAUGGAUCAACGGAAAUAGGCGGUUGCCUUUCGGUACAGACGGCUGAUUCAAAGCCUGGAUCAUGUGGUUUCAUCAUUGAGAAUGCCCAAUUGAAAGUCAUCGAUGUGACCACAGGGCAAACGCUUGGUCCCAAUCAGCGGGGCGAGCUGCUCAUGAAAACUUCGAAUAUGAUGAGCUUUUACUAUAACAAUCCGAAAGCUACAGCUGAUACAGUCGACGAAGAAGGGUGGAUACGCUCCGGAGAUCUUGGCUACUAUGACGAAAACGGCGAGAUUUUUAUAGUUGACAGGUUGAAAGAAUUGAUUAAGUAUCGUGGUGCUCACGUGUCGCCGUACGAACUAGAAGCCAUUCUCUCAUCUCAUCCCGGGGUGAAACAAGCAGCUGUCGUAGGACAGCCACAUCCCGUUGACGAUGAACAUCCGAUUGCUUUUGUGGUACCAGCUCCGGGCAGAAAAGUGACUGAAAAGGAGUUAGUCGAUCUCGUGGCCUCUGAAGUCCCAGAAACUAAACGGCUACGUGGGGGCGUCAGAUUUAUCGACGAAAUGCCGUACACAGCCUCAGCUAAAUUUGAACGUUCAAAAUUGCGUCAAUGGGCGAGGUCCGAGAUAGAACAUUCGAAUUGACUCGCAUACAUCAAUCUUCACAAAGAUGUCGAUCAAUAAAUGACUUACUGAAUUUU